AUGGCUUCCCCCUCGCCAUCCCGUGCUUCUCACCGCUCCACAGACCCACCAGAUCCAGCUCCGCCGGACAUAAGCGAAGCGCCGCCCUCUCCCUCCUCUCCUCCACCCUCCCCUGUCUCGCCGUCCAGCGCCCCUGUCGCCUUCCUCUCGCCGUCUGCUUCGUCCUUUGACGCGAUUGCUCAUCAGCUCCAAAAAUCCUCGAUUCCACCAGAGAUUCCUGCUGCCGCCGCACCUUCGUAUGCCGAGCGGUUCAAGUCUUCUCUCAGGAACCUCAGAAAAAUAUCCUCUCCAACCUAUUUAGAGGAUGGAACACCGGUGGUUCAAGCUCCGGAGUCAGUCCUUCUCUACACCUCAGAUCUGUGGAAAUACCACAUCAUUGCUCACUUCCACGGCUCUAUUCCUCCAGCUAGAAAAAUCUUCGACGACCUCAACCCAGUUUGGGGAAAGUUUGGGAAGAUAACAAUCUGCAUAAUCUCAGCCACCUCUUGCCUGAUUUAUGUCCCAUCUGUACAGACAAGAGAGUGGGUAGUUCAGGUUGGUUAUUGGCAAGCAGGCCACUGUGCUUUCUCCGCCUUCGCCUGGCCCCCUGACGCUAACCUCGCUCCUCAAGAACUUACCUCAGCUCCUAGUGGAAUAGGGGAACCUCUUCAUACUGAACACUCUCACGUAGACCCUUAUCACUUUGGAGAUACAAAGGUUAAGGUGGAAAUCGAUUUGGGCGUUCUUCCUCCUGAAGUCAUAGAAGUAAGAGACUCAUUAGGUCACUCGGUGCGAAUUAGAGCUCAGUACCCAAGGCAAGGCUACCACCAAAAGUGCUGUAACUGUGGUCGGUUUGGACAUUUCUUAAACCGCUGUCCCCUCCCUCCUCAGAAGAAGAAACAUCAAGAGAAUGCGUUGAUGGCGAGAACUCGUUCAGACAUCGCUACAGUUAAUACUAAAGUUUCACUUGAGGAUAACAACCCUGAUCAGAAUCUGCACACUCCUCCGAUAAAUACUAGUAACUCAGGUCCAAGUAAGACAACCCUUCGUAGAAGGAAGUCUCGUUCCAGAUCAAGAGCCAGGAACAGGGCCAAAAGCUUGGGACCCAUUCAUACACCAGUGCAGGCAACUAGCUCAGAUUUGAACUCAGUGGAAAGUGAGGCUGACGUAAAUGGAGAGCUGAACGGUCCUGUUAUGAGUAACGGUGAUAUGAAGCAAGUUGUCUCAGAGGACGUCACGAGGACAGACAUGGAGCCACCUAUGUUACGUCCCGAUAUCUUGCUUGACUCAAACGAAGAAAUCCCUCUAAGUAAUGGCGACUCUAAAAUAUCAGAACAUCUCGACUGCGAAGAAGAUUUGAGUAAUCAGUCGUCAGGGGAAGAAGUUCCAUGGCAGACUAAACUCUCGAAGAAAGCAAAGAGGAUACAAGAGAAAGGAAAUCAGUGGCAGACUCCUGCAGGAUCAGUAUCAAAAGCUCUAAGAUUCGGGUUUCGAGUUCAAGGGUCUUCCUUGGGAGGACGUAUUUGGGUGGUUUGGGAUCCGAGUGCCUCGCUGAUAGUGUAUAAGCGCUCGGCUCAAGCAGUUACCUGUGGGGUUUUUGAUAGGGCUUCGGAUGUGUCGUUCACUGUCGUCUUUGUCUAUGCUUUCAAUACUACAAUCCAGAGAAGAGAGCUGUGGGCAGAGAUAGAGGAGACUUGCAAUCUACCGGUAGUAAAGAAUCUUCCAACUCUAAUUUUGGGGGAUUUCAACCAGAUAUUGACAGCCGAUGAGCAUUAUUCUAUAAAUCCAUUCACCCUUCCGGUCAGAGGUAUGGAAGAAUUUCAGGAGUGUCUAUCUCGCAGUGAUCUGGAAGCUAGGGGCAAACAUUUUACUUGGGGAAAUGGUCGCCCUGAAGAUCCAAUCCUUCGCAAACUUGAUCGAGUUUUGGGAAAUGAAAAGCGGAGGGAUCAGUUUCCUGAAGUCUAUGCUCUUUUUGACUGUCCCGGUGACUCCGACCAUUCCCCCUAG